CUAAUUUCGUGACUUCUGAUUCCCCUCCGCCUUCAUCGCCCCCCUCCCACCCACCCGGUUUUUGAUUUAAAAACGAAGACAAAACCUUUGAAUUUCGUAUUCAGAAACAAACAAACUAGCUAAUGCACAAUUACUAAUCAGUUGUCGAUGAUGAUGAUGAUGAUGGCAGAAGAAGGUAGAGGCAGUGGAUUUUCGGAAUUAAAAGGCUACUGCUUACAACUUCUAGAAGCUCUCAGAAACCCUAACAACAAAGCCACCACCUCCGCACUCUCUCAUCUUCUUCAAUUCAUCACUCCUUCUUCUCCUCAUGCUCUUCAACCCUUCUUCGACUAUACUUUGUUUCCCCUGCUGCUUCUGCUGGAAGCUGCAGUGGACUGUAGAUCUCCACCAAAGGAGAAUAAUAAAGAAACCCCUACUAAAAUAAGUGAUGCUGUGGCAGAAGGAGUGAUUCAGUGUUUGGAGGAGCUUCUAAAGAAGUGCCAUGUAGGAUCAGUGGAUCAGAUGGUUGUAUUACUGAAAAAACUGACUAACGCGGCAUUGCUAUCUCCAUCUGAGGCAUCAGAGGAGAUUCGGGAAGGAAUUAUCAGGUGUUUUAAGGCACUGAUUAACGGUUUAUGUCCAUGCUCCGACACAUCUUGCACAUGCAACCAAAUUAACGGCCCGCCUAUGCUUCUAGACCAAAAACAUUCGAAAUCAUCCCUUACUGUUUCCCAAAUACAUGAACUAAACUCCGAGGAAUGCUUAAUUGCAUUCCUUAGAUCUCAAUCCGCAACUGUCACUGUUGGACACUGGUUGUCACUUCUACUAAAAGCUGCAGAUGUUGAGGUAGCACGCGGACAUUCAGGCAGUUCUAGUCUUCGUGUAGAAGCUUUCAUGACACUUCGCGUGCUUGUCGCUAAAGUUGGUACAGCGGAUCAACUAGCUUUCUUUCUACCUGGUGUGAUCAGUCAAAUCGGAAAAGUUUUACACGUGUCAAAAACAAUGAUUAGUGGGGCUGCUGGAAGUAUGGAAGCUAUGGACCAAGCACUUAGGGGUUUGGCCGAGUUUCUCAUGAUAGUUUUCGAAGAUGAGGCUAAUUUAUCCAGUCUUGAUGACAGUGAAGUUAAUUUAAAUACCGAGAAAUCUCCGUUAUCGUUUCUGGAGGAGCUCCGGCGCUUACCUGGCAAAAAGCAAGAUCAGGUUGAAACAUUAGCAACGGAGUCAACCCAAAAGUCCCCACAAUCUGAGGUUAAACGGUCUUUGCAUGUUGACCGUACAAGCGAUUGGAUUGCAACAGCUUCUUCUCAUGUAAAUAAAAUUUUGUCAGCAGUAUUUCCACAUCUUUGUGUACAUCCAGCAAAGAGGGUGAGACAGGGGACCAUGGCUGCUAUACAAGGACUCUUGUCAACAUGCAUUCAUACACUCAAAGGAAGCAGACUUAUGCUUCUAGAAUGUUUAUGUGCUUUAGUUUCUGAUGACGAUGAAGAGGUAUCAGAAGCGGCCCAAACGUUUCUUGAAAGUUUGUUAUCAAGUGGGAAUCAUCACAUAGAACGUGACUUUGCUGAUAUAUUUAACAGGCUGUUUGAAAAGCUCCCAGAAGUGGUAGUUGGAGGGGAACAGUCACUUGCACAUUCUCAAAAGUUACUUGUAUUAAUUUACUAUUCUGGUCCCCAACUUGUUAGAGAUCAUCUUCUACAUUCUCCCGUGGCAGCGGCUCGAUUCUUUGAUACUCUUACCCUUUGUUUGAGCCAGAAUUCAGUAUUUCCUGGUUCGUUAGACAAACUGCUUUUAGAGAAGCCGGCUUCUGUCGGGUACUUGCGUUCUAUAACGGAAAUGAAAGUGACAACUUUCUUUGAAAAUGAGAAAAAGUCUGCUGUUGAAUCUAACGCUUUCGAAAAUCCAAAUUCUUUCAAAGUUCAAAAUGAAUACGAUCUUCCACGUAUGCCACCUUGGUUUUCUUCUAGAAAUCCGAAACUUUACAAUGCACUUGCGGGGAUCAUUAGGCUCGUUAGCCUAUCUCUUAUUGCAGCAGGUGCUCGUAGUGACGGGAAUUUAUCGAUUAUUAAAGAUAUUCCAUUGAGCUACAUGCGGAAACUGAUUGGCGAUAUCCGACACAAAGAAUACACAAAAGAAAGCUGGCAGAGUUGGUAUAACAGGACUAAUUUAGGAAAGCUUGUACGACAAGCUAGCACUUCUGCAUGCAUGUUAAACGAGAUGAUAUUUGGUUUAUCAGAUCAAGCUAUUGAUAAUUUGAAAACAAGAUUUCAUAACACAAAAUCUAUCUGGCUUGUUUCCUUAAAUAAGGAUAUAAGAGUUCAGUUAAUCGAUUGCAUCGGGAGUAUCUUACAUGAGUAUUUAUCACCUGAAGUCUGGAAUCUUCCAUUAGAUCAAUCCGAUGUUGGAUCUGGAGAUGUUACGGUGCACUUUUUUCACGAUAAUGCAAUGCUGCAUCAGGUUAUGAUUGACGGGAUUGGAAUAUUUAAUUUAUGUCUCAAGAGGGAUUUUAUAUCAAGUGGAUUUCUUCAUUCGUCUCUUUACGUGUUGCUCGAGAAUCUUAUAUGUUCAAAUUUUCAAGUUAGACACGCGGCAGAUGCUGUCUUACACGUCAUUUCAGCUACAUCUGGCUGUCCAACGGUUGGCCACUUAGUUUUGCAAAAUUCAGACUACGUAAUCGAUUCGAUAUGUCGACAACUUCGCUAUCUGGAUCUUAAUCCUCAUGUACCAAGUGUUCUUGCUGCCAUUCUUUCAUACAUAGGUGUGGCCUACAAAAUAUUACCGUUGAUGGAAGAACCUAUGCGUUCUAUUUCACAAGAACUUGAGAUUCUUGGCAGGCAUCAGCACCCUGAGCUCACCAUUUCUUUCUUGAGGGCAGUUGCGGAAAUUGCAAAGGCUUCGAAGAUUGAAGCUCGUUCAUUGCCUUCUCAAGCAGAGUUAUACCAUAAGCAAGUUGAGUCUGAACUUUCGUGUUUUGCAAAUGGUGUUCUCUCGAAUCCUGAAGAAAGUGGUGAACGUUUAACGGAUUUUAAUAAGCAUAAGGAGCAAUUAGAGGCUAUAUAUUUUAAAUUAAAAGAAUCAAAGAGUUACCGAAGAACCGUUGGAUCUCUUUCGAUUUCAUGUAUUACUGCUGCCACUCCUUUAUUGAGUUCAUUGAAGCAAACAUCGUGUUUGGUAGCCUUGGAAAUUGUUCAGGAUGGAAUUAUGGCACUUGCUGAAGUGGAAGAAUCGUAUAAACAUGAGACGAAAACAAGGGAAAUUCUUACACAAGCUUUCCAAUCAUAUUCAUAUCAUGAUCUUGCAGAUACUCUUGAUGCGGAAAAUGACGGAACUGAUGAAAACCGGUUACUUCCUUCCAUGAAUAAAAUUUGGCCCUUUCUGAUUGCCUGUAUCCGUAACGGGAAUCCAUUGACAACUAGGCGAUGUGCUGGCGUGAUCAGUAAAGCAGUACAAAUCUGCGGGGGAGAUUUCUUUUCUCGUCGUUUCCACACCGACGGCCCCUACUUAUGGGAACUUUUAAGCACAUCCCCGUUUCAGAAAAAGCCAAUGAAUUUGAAAGAAAGACGAGUCUUACAGCUUCCAUACCGAACCAGUUCAACAUCUUCAGAAGAUCCAAGGGCUGAGAUUUCGGAUCUAAAAGUCCAGGUGGCGGUGCUGGAGAUGAUAGCCGAGAUAUCCGGGAACAAAAACAGUGCUUCCGCUUUUGAAAGUGUUGUCAAGAAGGUUAGUGGGGUGGUUGUAGGGAUUGCGUGUAGUGGUGUUGGUGGUCUUAGAGAUGCGUCUGUGAAUGCUCUUAGAGGACUUUCGGCCAUUGAUUCAGAUCUCGUUUGGUUGCUUGUAGCUGAUGUUUAUUACUCUAAAAAGAGGGAAGACGUUUCGCAACCACCUGUUGCGGAUUUACCACAAGUUCAUCAACUAUUACCACCACCUUUGUCUUCUAAAUCAUACCUUUAUGUUCAAUAUGGUGGCCAGAGCUUUGGGUUUGACAUUGAUUUUUCUGCUGUAGAAUAUGUUUUUAAGAAAUUGUACGAUUAGUUUCAGAUCAUUUUAUAUAUUUCUUUGAAAGAUAGACAGAAAAAAGUUUAUAAAUUACAGUGUAGUUUUCACACCAGAUUUUCAUA